CUAAUAAGCCACAUAAUUAAUCCUCUUUAUUUGUUUUGAACUGAAAGAAAUCCAUGAUCUUAUGGACCCAAAGUAAAAUAAGUAAUAUUAUCAUUUAAUAUUAGCCUUCUCGUAGAGGAACCGAACCUGAUGCAUUCAGAUGGGGGCGGGAAAACCUGAUAUCUCGCCCCUGAGGAAACCCUUUAUUUUGAUGCGUGCGGCAGGCUACCGUGAGCGCGCAUUUUUUUCCCACUCGCUGGAGCCCCCAUUCUUAAAUUAGGGCGGCGCGUUCCUGCUGCAAGAGAAGUGAACGCGCUUGAGGGGCUGCGGUCCCAUUGACGGCUCAGCAUCAGCACCAAGUAUCCGCCUUGCCUGGCAGCGACACAGACCGCCAUCCAAGACCCCCCCUCUCCUCUGCUCGGCCUGAACCCGGAUCGUCCCCGUGUGCCGUCGUCCACACCGACCGCUGGAGAAAUGGGCUCCCCGUGAAACGGAGGUGGCGGAGGGGAGAGGCAGGCGGGCGGGAGGGGGUGGGGGGGAGAAGACACCGGUGCAGCAAUAGGGAAGAAGCGAAGCUGGUAACGGCAAAUCCGCCACAACAAGCGCCGUUCUUACAACCGCUAGUACCGACACCUCCGUACCCGGGUGCCCCCCACCGCCGCCAUGGGAACUCCACAUCGGUCGCGCCAACCACAUCAUCCGUGGGCCAUGUCGUGAUCCGUGGGCUUUGCUAUCCGUGAUCCCAAUCGAGGGGAAGGAGGAGGAAGAAAGAGGAGAGGCGAGAUGUUCGCCUCGGUAGGCCCUCGGGGUCCACCCGUCGCCCAGGCCAUCCCGGAGCCGGACUUGAGCCACUUGACGGAUGAGGAGAGGAAGAUCAUCAUGGCUGUGCUGGCUCGGCAACGGGAGGAAGAGGCGAAAGAGGAGGCCAUGCUAAAAGAAGAGAAGCCUAUCCAAGCCAGAACCGUAAACUUGGUUGGGCAGAAAAAACCUCAGCAGCAAAAUGACGUCCGGGGCAUCCAGCAGCAGCUUUCCAGCUACAGGGAGACAGUGAUCCGGCAGGCCACGGCUGCAGCGGGCUCAGCAGUUCACCGGGAUGAUGCCCCCACCUGUGGCAUCUGUCAGAAGACCAAAUUUGCAGACGGUUGCGGGAACUUGUGCUCGUACUGUCAGACCAAGUUUUGUGCCCGAUGCGGAGGGAGGGUCUCUCUACGAUCCAACACGGAGGACAAAGUGGUGAUCUGGGUUUGUAAUAACUGCCGGAAACAACAAGAGAUCCUAACUAAGCCGGGUGAUUGGUUCACUGGUCCAUCAGGAAAGCCCACUAGUCUCGGUUCGGCCAUCAGUGAGCCAUCUGUGUGCCAAGCCCCUGGUGAUAAGAAGCUGCGGUCCCACUCCCAAGCCCCUCCGGGCUCCACAACAUCCUUAGAACCCAACCGAGCCAGCGCACCAGGGAGCACAGCUGGAACAGAUAUCCGAUCACGCAGCGAACCACCAAGAGACACGAGAAAUGGGAAAGGCGGUGGAGGAACUGGUCGGGGAGAGCGCAGGACAGGCCAUGCCAAGCUGGAAACCCAGGUUUCCAUGGACCGAGAUCUCCGGGGUGAGUCUAGGGAACGCAGGGAAAGCCGCCGGCUUACAAAGGGACGUUCUUUGGAGAUUGAUCCUGUAGGAGGAAGUGAUACAUUGAGGCGGACACAAGAGGGGGGCUACCAAAACAUGGACCAAAGCGGUGGCCCCCCUUGCCAAGCAGGGUCAGUUCCUUCUGGAGGCCAGGGCCACCUCGUACAAGGUCGUGGUACUGGAAUUAUGGGGAAGACGAGAGAUGGCCUAGUGUCUGAACAGAGGACAGCCGGAGCGCUGCAUGAACACAACACUGCGCAAAAAGACAACCACCCUGAACUCAGAGAAUCUCUGGGUUCAACUGGAUCAACCCCCGGUCAGGGACCUGUAGUAAGACGAACCAAAAGGGACAAAGCCGACAGCAUGCUUCGCAAUGAUUCAUUAAGCUCAGAUCAAUCGGAAUCUUUGCGUCCACCACCACCCAGGCCGUACAAAUCAAAACGAGGACUGGGAUCUGGAGGCAAGAGGCAAACCAGUGUCAGCAGUUCAGAGGAGGAAGGAGGGACCACACCUGAGUACAGCAGCUGUGAGGAUGCUGAGAUCGAAAGCGUCAGUGAAAGAGGCGACUGGGAGUGCUACCCUCAUGACCCCACUGUAUGGCAUCAUCCUGUAACCUGGCAGCCAUCGAAGGAGGGUGACCAUCUGAUUGGCAGAAUCACCUUAAGCAAGAGGAGCGCAUCCAUGCCGAAAGAAGCCGGCGCUCUGCUGGGGUUGAAGGUUGUAGGAGGAAGAAUCACAGAGUCGGGGAGAUUAGGUGCCUUCAUCACCAAGGUUAAGAAGGGCAGCCUGGCUGACGUGGUUGGGCACCUGAGAGCAGGGGAUGAGGUUUUACAGUGGAAUGGGAAGCUGUUACCAGGAGCCACCAUGAAGGAAGUCUACAACAUCAUCCUCGAAUCUCAAGCUGAGCCUCAAGUGGAGCUGGUUGUAUCCCGGCCAAUUGGUGAUAUCCCAAGAAUCCCAGACACGUCCCACCCUCCAUUAGAAUCUAGUUCGAGUUCAUUUGAGUCCCAGAAGAUGGAGAGACCAUCCCUAAAUCUUUUAUCUCCCACCAGUCCUGGAAUGGUUCUGGAUGCUCCGCAGCUAAUGCCAGGAAAACUUUCUGUGAGUGCAUUGUUAUUCUGCUGUUGUGUAUUUAUUAAGGUGAAGGCUGUGCAUCAGAUAUGUUUGUUUGUGUUUCUCCUCCAGGUGAAGCUGUGGUAUGACAAAGUAGGUCACCAGCUAAUAGUCAAUGUGCUACAGGCAGUAGAACUCCCUCUCCGGCCUGAUGGACGUCCGAGAAGCCCCUACGUCAAAAUGUACUUCCUUCCUGACCGCAGUGACAAGAGCAAGCGCAGGACAAAAGCAGUGAAGAAGACCUGCGAGCCCAAGUGGAACCAAACAUUCGUGUACACUCACAUCCAUCGUAGAGAUUUCCGCAAUCAUAUGCUGGAGCUGACUGUGUGGGACCAGCCCAGGUCACCAGAGGAGGACAGCAUCUUUAUGGGAGAAAUCCUUAUAGAGCUGGAGACAGCCUUGCUGGAUGACAAGCCACACUGGUACCCACUCCAAACCCAUGACGUCUCAUCCAUACCUCUCCCAAGACCCUCCCCGUACCUGUCUCGUCGACACACACACACCGACAAUCCCGGCAGGAAGCUGCAGCGUUCUCAGCGUGUAACAGAGCCUGAAUUUGAGGGUACAGCAGUAGUUUCUAAAGCAGCAGAGGGGCGUGGCAGGGAGCGACAACGGGAGCCCACAACCACCUUGGAGGUGCCCAAGCGCCAGAGGACAACCUCACAUCAUAUACGUUCUCGCUCAGUCUCCCCGCACCGUGAGGAGCAAGGAUGCAUUCGGUCUCGGCCAGCCAAUGUCCCUGCACAGAGGAGUCUAGACGAGGAGCUUUCACACUCCAUGCGUUCCCGCUCUCCCACCCGCUACUACGACUCUGCUAGAAGUCACCACAAGGAUGAGGAGUACCUGGAUGACAGCGAAGUCAUCAUGAUUCACCAAUCAAUGCGAGGCAAAAGUGCUGAAUGCAUCCGCUCCAGGACAUCAACUAGGCACUAUAAAACACUCCCAACCAAGAUGCCACUUUUAUUCAACAAUGCCCACAACAACAUGAAAAGUGAUCUUCAAGCUUCCCUGGACAGGGUUAGGAGUGCUAGCACCAACUGUCUGACUCCAGAUAGUCAUGCCCCCUCACCUGAGUUGGAAAGAAAAUCAUUGUCCCAUUCCUUGCCCUGGAGACGUCCUCCCAGUCCCAGGAUUUUUAUCCAACAUGCCUCCCCUGAAGAUGACAGGCAGCCUCAGACCUUGGAUACGCCUGAAUGUCAGACACGUGGCAGGAAUUUCUCUGACAACAACAGGGGUCACCAUCAAGGUACAUCUCUAACCUCAGUGACGUCUUCGUCGGCUCGCAAAGUGAGGCAGCUCCCCCAGCUUCCCCCCAAGAGCAACAGUGUAGAGCAAGCCCUGGUAGCAGAGGAGCGCGUCCGUCAACUCCAGAUGAGGGUUCAUUCUAACCGGAUGUCAGCUGCCAGUACCUCCAGCCAGCAGGACCUGGAUAGAGCUCUCAAGAGCAAACGGGAGCUCUACAAGGACCACAGGACGAGCAGCGAGAAUGCUUCCCAUAAGUCUUCAGACAGUGAUGUCAGCGACGUGUCAGCCAUCUCUCGAACCAGCAGUGCCUCUCGCAUCAGUAGCACCAGCUACAUGUCCAUCCAGUCAGAGAGACCCCGAGGACGUUUCAGUCGAGCCAUGCGUGCGACGGGCCGCCACAUAAUGAAGAGCACCAGUGUGAGCGGCGAGAUCUACGGCAUGGAGCACGCAGAUGGCAGCCAAUCCGACACCGCCCUCGGGAGCUUGGGAAACGGGAUCAAAAAGCGUCGCUCGAGCCUCAGCCAACGUGUUGUUCCCAUCCUGACAUCGAGACGCAGUCGGAGUACCUCGCAGCUCAGCCAGACAGAGGCGGCGGGUAAGGCAGCAGAGAGACAGAAAGAAUCCUCAGCAGGUAAGAAGGCGUCUAAGGCCGGAAGCAGCAGCAUCCAAAGGAGCGUGGAGACAGGCAGAGCGGUGGAGUACCCACGAGGGGGGUCAGCCAUGAACCGACAGGCCAGUAGAGAAUCUACUGAUGGCAGCAUGAACAGCUACAGCUCUGAGGGAAAUUUGAUCUUCUCAGGGAUGAGGUUGGGUGCCGACAGCCAGUUCAGUGACUUUCUGGAUGGCUUAGGGCCCGGUCAGCUGGUGGGCCGGCAAACACUGGCAACACCUGCAAUGGGCGAUGUUCAAAUUGGUUUGAUGGAUAAGAAAGGCCAGUUGGAGGUGGAGGUGAUCAGGGCACGAGGCCUUACCUCCAAACCGGGUUCCAAAUCCCUCCCAGCUCCCUACGUCAAGGUGUACCUCCUGGAUAAUGGAAAUUGUAAAGCCAAAAAGAAAACCAAGAUUGCACGAAAGACCCUGGAGCCUCUGUACCAGCAGCAUCUGCUCUUUGAAGAGAGUCCUCAGGGCAAGGUGCUUCAGGUGAUAGUGUGGGGCGACUAUGGACGGUUGGACCACAAAUGUUUUAUGGGUGUAGCACAGAUCUUACUGGAGGAUUUGGAUCUCUCAAGCACGGUGAUCGGAUGGUACAAACUCUUUCCGCCUUCCUCAUUGGUGGAUCCGACUCUAGCUCCGCUUACACUAUUGGCGUCUCAGACAUCAUUGGACAGCUCAGGACCACCCCCUGGUGUUCGGUCCUAGUGACCGCGAUGACACGGACCCUCCAAAAUCCCUUCAGUGACAAAAUAGAGGAAGUACCUGAAGUACCCAAGUAUAAGAAGAUGAUCUUGGUCAAACAAUAAAAGCCAGACAGAGAGACAGUGAACGAGAGAAGGAGAGAUAGAACUAGCCAAUCAACGCUUCAAAGGAGUCUGACAAUCAUUUCUCACACCUUCGAUUCUUUCUCUAUUUGAGCCUUUUGUUUUGCAAGCUUUGUCGUUUUUGUUCCUGAGCUGCAGGUUUAUGUCCACCUUCAUGAUCGUUUCUCUGUAUUGGAUUUCUUUCAUGUAUCUUUUUUUUUUUAUUUGUGCAUCUGAUCAACGUCACCUGCACCUGGUAGCUAGGAGUGCUCCGAGUUGGAGUUCCUAAAGGGUCAAACUGAUACACCUCCAUGCAGACCAAUGCCUGCUUGAGAUCUCCAUUGGAAUUGCCAAGUGUAGCUGAGCUGGCUGCCUGGCAUGCUUUGAUAAACCUUUUUUAAGUUAGACACACACACACACACACACGUGCACAUCCUGAUUGCUUGCCUUGUUGUGAGAUAUGAACGCAAGCACAAGACAGAGUAAACAAAGGUUUGGAUCUUUGUGUGAACAAAACGCCAAAUGUAUGUGCUUUUUAUACUUUACAGUAAUCCCUCAUAACUUUGCACCAUGGAUUUCAUGGGUACACUAUCACCGUUUUUCAAAAUUACCGUAUUUUUUGGAGUGUAAGUCGCACAAGUCCAAAAAUGCAUAAUUAGGUAGAAAAAAAACAUACAUAAGUCGCACUGGAGUAUAAGUCACAGGAACAGCCAACCUAUGAAAAAAAGUGCGACUUAUAGUCCGGAAAAUAUGGUAUAUAUUGAUUAAUGAAUCAUGCUGUUUUGUGUUUGAAUACGGCCUAUUAUUAGUAAAAAAAAAAAUCAUCAUAUUUACGCCAAAAAGUAGCAUUUUCAAGCAUAAAAAUGCAGUAAAAUACAUAUAUAAAGCAUUCUAUUAGACCAAAUGAUAUGUAGUAAUCUACGCCUGCCACUAGGUGUCAGUAAUGUUACUGUAACAUUCCAUGAAACACACAAGCACCAGACUUGCUAACACAUUUCAUCUUAUUUUCAAUUUUUAUUUCUACUUCUUAUGUUAUUUAAAAAUUGAAUUUAAAAGAUCAUAAACUUGUUUUCUAUGCUCUAACUAUGAACCUUAUCACGUAUGACGGUCAGGUCUAGAAGCAAAUCAUCGCCAUGAAUGAGGGAUUACUGCAGGGGUGUCCAAAGUGCAACGUUGGUUUUUUAACCGGCCCCAGCACAUUCAAAAAAAAUACAGUUAAACUAGAAAAAAUUCAAAAAUUGAAACAAAACAGCAGUAAUUUUACCAAAAAGUCCAAAUAGAAUAGUCAUAAUAAAAUAAAAAUUCUUACAUGGAAGAAGUCAUAAUUUUGUGAGAAAUUCUUAGAAAAGACAUUUUAUUUUAAGAAUCAUAAGGUUGAAAUAUAGAAAAACUGUUAUUUUCUAAAGUGGUGCUAUUAUGACAGACAAAACAAAGAAUAAAGUUGCAAAUUUUGGAAAAUUCGAUUGGGACAAAUGAGAAUAAAGUCAAAAUAUUACAGGAAUAAAGUCAUUACCAGAAAAAUAACAUGCAAAUGUUAUAACAUUUGAAAAGAAACAACAGAAUAACUUUAUUUCGGAAGGAAAAGUUGAUACUUAAUAAUAAGAUUUUCACUAAGCUGUUUUUUUCUUGUGUCCCAUCCAUCAUUUUUAAGUAGGCAACCUCUGAUGAAAAGUUAGGACACCCCUGGAUUAUUUUAUUUUGAAUUUUUAUUUAGCGUUCUUGCUAUCAAAUAGCGGCUGCUGUCACGUCAAAAUUACCCGACCACCCGGGGGACACCCUGUCCCGACCCCCAAGCUGCAUGCACGUCUCGCUACUUUCAUUUACUUUUAUUCUAUUUUUGCUGCUUUUGUUUUUUUUUUUAACUCAACGACAAAAGAAAUGAACAAAUCUUGAAAAAAAAAGAAAAAAAAAGACAAAAAAGAAAGACGCUACAAUGUGUGCUAGUUCCACAUGCGUUUAGGCCGGCUUGUACGUUGCAUGUUCUUGUACAGUUUGCUUGUACUGAAUAUGAAUACAAACUGAGAAAUCGCCAAGUCGACCCUCGCACCCCGACCGAUGGAGUGGUGUGACCCCCCCCCGGCCUCACCUCACCUUCCAUUUUGGGUCUCAAUAUUCAUAUGGAGAAUUGUUCCUUUUUGCCCUUUGCUGUAGUACGGAGCAAACGCUAGCCCCAGCUGAUCACCAGGAUGGAAUUGUAGUGUCAGUUGUGCGUCAGUUUGCCAGGCUCCAGACAGAGAUAGAGAAUGUGUGUCAAAGAGCUAUACGUUAUGAGUUGAAAUAAAUGAUAAAGAUAGAGAUAUUUAUGAAUAUAUAAAUGAGUGUAUCUGCACACCUUGUACAUAGAAAAUCAGGAGAGGUGAUGGACAAGACAAACAUCAGUGACACAUAUUUUUGUUUUGUUUUUUUGCUUUGAAUGGAAUUGUCAUGCUUUUGUUGAGCUCUAGCUGCUGAGCGGUUUUGAGCCACAGGGGGGCGCUCGGAGGCCCUAUUAUUUUAUUUUCCCAAAAAAGCAGAAACAGCUGAAGCAUUGUUUUUUGUUUUUUUUUCCACAAGCUCCCCCCUCUUGUUUAUUUCUGUAGGUCGGGACUGGACAUCUAGAACCAACGAAGAAUGAGACUUUGCAGACCUAUGUUGCUGAUGUUUGUGUUGAAACUCUUGGCAGUGUGGCCGCCUGCCCCUUUCCUUUGUCAGUAUUACUUGACAAAUACUGAUUGUUUACAGCCCAUGGCUCCCCCGAACCCCCAAACCACGAUGCUAGACGAAAGACGGAGAAGUAUUCACUGCAACAGUUCUUGUUUGUAUAACAGAUGUGGCUCUACUGAUGUGUAUGUUUUAUAUUCAAGAGUUCAUUUUUAUUAUUUACAAAUAAAAGACUGUGCAGAAGAAGAGAGCUGCUUUUUCCAAAGAAAAUGUCUCAUUAUUACUAGUUCCGUUCUGCAGGUAAUCAUGCAAAGGAAACAUCGUUCCAGUUUUUUCUCGGAUCCACAUCUAAAACGCGUGCCGUGGAGGACCAAGACUGCAGGUUUUCGCUCCAACCUGUUCCUCCGGCAGUUGAUCUAGUUGAUGAGCUCCUUUCCUUGAACUGAACGGGAUGUUGAUCAUUAAAAUCAUCUGCUUUAGUGUAGCCGGUCACUAAAAACCCGCAGUGUCCCGGCGGCCCGCCAUGGCAGGAGUUUGACACCCCUGCACAAGAGACAAUAGCCACGUUUACAUGACGAGUUUUUCCUCUUUCUGAAUAUAAUCUUUCCUCUGACUUUUCCAAAACCAAUAGUAUACAUGGAAAGGAAUAUUCCAAUCUCCUGUUUAUAUGUGCCGCUAUAAUCAACCAGAAUAGUCAAUGGGGCAUGCCCAGUAAAACGUAAACAUCAACAUCAUGUGAUAUCGGCUUGUUGGGAUAACUCCGUAUUGCCAGUUUUUCCUUCGUCCAGUCUUGGAAUUUAGUGCCGAUUGCUGGCCUCCAUUUUUAAAAGUGAAGAACAUCUAAAU